CAUGUAUUCGGUUAGAAAACAGUAGAAAGCUUGUUCGUUGAACAAAUCAAUUUCUCGGAGCGUUGUCGAUUUGGAAUUAAUUGUGAAAAAGCAAUAAAAAACGUGAAAUAAAUUAAAAUAAAUCAUCCAAGGCACUAAUAUAUUCGUUCAAAAAUGCCAGGAGCAGGAACAUUCAAACUUUUCAUUGGAAAUGUGGAUGAAAAGACACAACCAUCUGACUUGAAAGCUCUCUUUGAAAAAUACGGCGAAGUUGUCGAGUGCUCAACGAUUAAAAAUUAUGGGUUCGUACACAUGAAGGACGAACAGCAGGGCCGAGACGCAAUGCAAAAUUUAAACGGAUACAUAAUCAAUAAUCAGGCGAUUAAAGUUGAAGCUGCGCGAUCACGUCGCGCCCCAAACUCAAAUACCACGAAAAUAUUUGUCGGCAAUUUGACGGAUCAGACUCGUGCGCCGCAAGUUCGGGAAUUGUUCGGAAAGUUCGGAAAUGUCAUUGAAUGUGAUAUUGUUCGUAACUACGGAUUCGUUCAUCUUGAGCCUAAUGGCGAUGUUAACGAUGUCAUUCGUGAAGUUAAUGGACAAAUGGUCGACGGUCAACCGAUCAAAGUUCAAGUUAGCACGAGCCGCGUACGACAAAAACCAGGAAUGGGCGAUCCAGAACAAUGUUAUCGUUGUGGAAGAUCGGGUCACUGGAGCAAGGAAUGUCCACGAUUGGGUUUCUCAGACAGGGGUCGCGACGCCGGUUUUCCUCGAAUGGGAGCGUAUCCACCACCACCGCCGCCGCCAUUCUUAGAUCGGAUGAUGAGUGGAUUCCGGGAAUUUGAUUACUACGAUAGUCGGCGCUAUGAUGAAGCAGAUUUAUAUGAACGUCGUUACUCUGGCAUGAGAGGCGGUACCCGAGACUAUCCAGGCGGCAUGAGAGGUGGACGUGACAUGGGACCAAUGUCAAUGCCAAGAAACGGUGGCGGAUCUCGCAUGGAAACAAUGUUUAGUCGAAGAAGUCCGCCAUCGAGAAGCAUGCGUGGCUUUGGAGUGUAUGAGGACUUUAGUCGUGAUUCAUUUGAGGAAAGACGUGGUGGCAUGCGUGGAAUAUCUCCGACACCUCACCGUUACGCACCUUAUUGAAUGUUUCAAAGUUAAAUCUGUUUAAAUUAUGAUUGACUAUCCAUUCAAAAGCGUUGCUUUGGUUUCAACAUUUAUAAACAGCUUACUGAAAAUAUUCGUAGAACUUAAGAUAUAGUGUUUAAAACAACUACAUAUAAGCACACAUGAAUUGUAUCAUGAUUAAAAAGAAACGAAAUUACUAUUUUUUAAACAA